AUGGCCUCCUCCCAUGUGAUGAAGGACAACCCGCAGCCAGUGCCAAGGAUGCAGCCCGCCAUGAUGAUGUUCUCCAGCAAGUACUGGGCCAGGAGGGGGAUGUCGCUGGACUCGGCCAUGUUCGACCAGCAGCAGCAACGCCACACUGGAGGCCAGAUGUCUCGGCGUCCAUCCUUCUGCCCCAUCAACGAGAAGCCGGACAAAGAGAGCGAUGAGGAGUCGGGCAGGACUGCGGUGGUCUUUUCUCUGAAGAACGAGGUGGGCUGUCUGGUCAAAGCUCUCCGACUCUUCCAGGAGAGACGAGUGAACUUGAACCACAUCGAGUCCCGCGUGUCAAAGCGCGUCCUUAACGAGGUGGAGAUUUUUGCGGACUGUAACUGCAGUAAGAAAGAGUUCAAUGAGCUGCUGCAGCAUCUCAAAGAUCACGUCAACAUCAUCUCCUUUAACACGCCUGCAAACGUGUGGUCUGCAGAGGCAGAUGGAGAAGACGUUCCCUGGUUCCCGAUGAAGAUCUCAGAGUUGGAUCAGUGUUCUCACAGAGUGUUGAUGUACGGGUCAGAGCUGGACGCCGACCAUCCCGGCUUCAAGGAUAAUGUUUACCGAGAGCGGAGGAAAUACUUUGUGGAGGUGGCUAUGAAUUAUAAAUUCGGGCAGCCUAUCCCUCAUAUCGAGUACACACCGGAGGAGAUCAAGACGUGGGGCGUGGUCUUCAGAGAGCUCACCAAGCUGUACCCGACGCACGCCUGCAGAGAAUACCUGAAAAACCUGCCGCUGCUCAGCAAACACUGCGGCUACCGAGAGGACAACAUCCCCCAGCUGGAGGACGUCUCCGUGUUCCUCAGAGAAAGAUCCGGUUUCACAGUCCGACCCGUCGCAGGUUAUCUGUCUCCCAGAGACUUUCUGGCCGGUUUGGCCUACAGAGUGUUUAACUGCACUCAGUACGUUCGUCACAGCACCGACCCGCUCUACACACCUGAGCCUGAUACGUGUCACGAGCUGCUGGGUCACGUUCCUCUGCUCGCUGAUCCAAAGUUUGCUCAGUUCUCUCAGGAGAUCGGCCUGGCGUCUCUGGGAGCGUCUGACGAGGACGUUCAGAAACUGGCCACCUGUUACUUCUUCACUAUUGAGUUUGGACUCUGCAAACAGGACGGUCAGCUCAGAGCUUAUGGAGCCGGUUUACUGUCGUCUAUCGGAGAACUGAGGCAUGCCCUGUCUGACAAGGCCUGUGUGAAGAUGUUUGACCCGAAGACGACCUGCAACCAGGAGUGUCUCAUCACCACCUUCCAGGACGUUUACUUUGUCUCGGACAGCUUCGAGGAGGCCAAAGAGAAGAUGAGGGAGUUUGCUAAAACGAUAAAGAGGCCGUUCUCUGUGUAUUACAACCCGUACACUCAGAGCGUCGACCUGCUCAAAGACACCAGAGGCAUCGAGAACGUGGUGCAGGACCUGCGCAGCGACCUCAACACCGUGUGUGACGCUCUGGGGAAGAUGAACACCUACAUGGGAAUAUAA